UGAGGGAGAGUUAAGUGAAAGGUGCGCAGACUAUGUGCUUUUAAUCGAAUGAACUCCACUGUAAACAAUACGUGAUGCAGAGGAACAACUGGACUAACUUGGCAGAGGGCGACGACGGAGGAGGCCGUGUCUCUCACCGCCUCGGUGGUCUGAUGGCGCAGGAGGCAGGGUGCAGCCUGCCGGCGGGGGCCCGGACUCCAAAGGCUAUUUUGAAAAGUGAGCCCCUGUACGCACGCACACACACACGCACACGCAGCUGCUCGAAACCAUGACAGAAGAUGACGGACACAGUUGUCGCGGAGGGACAAGUCAAGUUUAGAGAUGGAAAAAAGUGGAAGACUCGGUGGGUCGUUCUUCGGAAGCCCUCUCCGGUCGCAGACUGCCUGUCCUUGCUGGUGUAUAAGGAGAAGAAGAAAGGGAAGGAGAAGGGCAGCGGCCACAAGGAGAGGCUGAAUGUAACACUGGAGGGGAUCUGUGGCGUGGAGCCGGGGCUCGGAUAUGAUGGCGUGUCCUACACCCUCUCCAUCCUUUGCUUGGCACACAUGCUGGUCCUUGGGUUCAACAACCGGGACACCCUGCUGGCCUGGGAUGCCCGCAUCCGCUACAGCUUGGGAGAAGUCCACAGGUUUAACGUCAACGUUGAACCAGGUACCAAACUGGAAAGCGGUCCUGCAUCACUCCACCUGUGCAACAACUUGCUGGUCCUCACCAGGGGCCUCCCUCCCGCCGUCGUUGGCCACUGGAAGUUGUCAGCGUUACGUCGCUACGGUGCUGUGCCAAAUGGCUUCGUGUUCGAGGGAGGGACUCGGUGUGGAUACUGGGCUGGUGUUUUCUUCUUGUCCUGUUCCGAAGGAGAGCAGAUCAGUUUCCUAUUCGACUGCAUCGUCAGGGGCAUCAACCCCAGCAGGGCACCACAUGGCCUGCAGCCUGACCUGCCAGCAGAUCCCAGUGCCGAUCCAGCUUCAGCAGAGGAACGAAUCAACCUCGAGGCAUCAGUGCUGGAGAAAAGACUGAGCAUGCUGUCUCAGUGCAGCUUAGCAAGCAGCACAGCCUCCUCUUACAGCUGCAGUACAUCUGUCGCUGGAGACGACCACAGCAGUAUUUCCAGCUCUUCCUCCAGUCAAUCAGAUGCGAGCUAUGGAAGCAGACUUCCAGUGUGGGCGGAGCCAUUAGGCAGACUGCACCUCUCCAGUGAGACAGCUUCAAGCUCUUCCACGCUGAAAGCACUGACCAGUUCAGAUGACCGGCUUUAUUCUGCUGUUUUGGGAGGCUCCAGGAGCCAUCCCUCCUCCACCCACAUCCAUCCUCGCGGUCUCCAUGACAGCGGGCGGCAGAGUUCAUUAGACAGUGGGAUUGGGAUAGCGACAGGCAGCCACUCUUCUUACUCAGGGAGCUAUUCCUCAUGUACGGGGAGUCUGGACAUGGCCAGUGGGGGAGUAGGGGAGGAAUUUGGCUCUGUGGCCAGCCUUCCUCCUGCUCCUUCUUUUCCUUCUUCACCUCCUUCUGCACCACCCCCAACUCCUCCUUCUUCUCCUUUUCAACCCAUGCUUAUCCCAGAGGGCAACACCGCCUCCUGUUCCUGCUCCUGCUCCUCCAGAUCUGCAUCUCGUACAUCUCGAAGGCAUAGUGAAGAAUACCAGAUUCCCAGUCUGCUUAGACUGUGGUAUGAUACCCCCAGGAGUCUACUCCGAGCUCAACCUCAAAAGAAGCCAUCGUCCUACGGAGCCCAGUCUGAGCUCAGCAAAGACAAUAAGAGCAGUGGAGAUGGAGGUGAUGGUCAGGGACAAGGAGGAGUGAUGGCUCAGCGUCAGGCCAUGAUGCAGCGCUCACACUCCUGGGGUAGCGAGAGGGCGCCCUCUGAGGACAGUGAGGGGAGAUCCACACCCAGACCCUUGUUGGUCCCUGGAGGCUUGUUUAAUGCAGAAAAGCAGUGCAGUCAUGGUUUGGACAACUACAUUACACAAGAGCAGUGGCGGUCAGUGAGGAACACAAGCUACACGCAGACUGACAGCUCUCCACUGAUGCACCUGACACCUUCUGCAGAUUCACAAGACUCUCCUCUCUGUAUCAGGGAGGAACGUCAUGACAGCAGUGACAUCAGUUCUAAGCUUGCUAGUCUGAAGAAACUGUUGCCAUCUCUGCUCUUGCAUGCCCCUCCACCUCCUCCUGUCACACCGAGCAUGCACAGACCAACAUCAGCUUCUGGCAUGUUCAGGUUUUCCCACGAGGCUCCUCCCCCUGCAUCCCUGGACUGCGGGCCUUGUAGUAACAGCAGUGCUAAUUAUGUCAACAUCCCCGUUAGCCCUCUGCUGUAUAAAACUAGAGAGCUACUCUACACAGAGCUGGAGCUGCAGAAACCCAGCUCGGCUCCGGCCUCCAGUCCGCGCAGUGCUGAGAGAGGUAACACAGUGCAGCUCUGCAGACUCAAAGAGGGCUCCAUCAGGUACGCCCACCUGGACAUCACUGCCAUGGAAACAGCUCAGAGAGUGGGGGCGGAGCAUGUUCAGGCCAGGGAGGACAGACUGACUCAGCUGGAGAGCAGGCGGCAAGGGCCACCAAACUGACUCUGGAACGCCCAACUGAAUGACACUUCAGAAUAGUUUUGACUGCA